AUGAAUUCCAUCACCUGUUUACCCAUUGAGGUCGUCGAGCGGAUACUCGACCAUACCGACCGCCCGUCGCAACUAGCGCUCGCCCGCACUCUGCGAGCGUUCCGCCACGUCGUCAACCGGCGCCUCUAUAAGCAGAUCAUGUUGGUGAACCAGCCCAUCCAGAAAGACGACUAUACCACGCUCGCCCUUGACCGCUUACAAAAGUUCUGUGACGAGCUCUCGCCGUAUAACUUCCAAUUCAUCAACAAAGUGAUCAUCCAGACCCAGCUGGACCCGCUGGCGCUGAUCCUGUACACCGGGUUGUACAAGAAGAUGUUACGCCUCUGGGACUUGUUGCCGCGCCACCAGAUCACCGUGAUCAACUACGACUUGAACAACUUGCGCAUCCACCAGCUGCUCAACCAGUACAUCUACAAGUACACCCUGCACUACGUCAUCGAGGACCUGUGUCUCGACCAGACCCACAUCAACUAUAAGAUCAACAACUUGCACAACUGGAUGAUCUUUGACUACUCCGAGCUUAACCAGUUGCCGGUGAACCCUAACUUGAGGGAAUUGCAUAUUUUCAUUGAACGCCUGAACCACCAAAUGUCGAAACAAGAUGACGUCCCGCUUAAAGUGUUGCGCAACUUCGCCAAUUUGGAACUGCUCUACUUGACCACCCCGUUGGCCACGUCGCAAUUGCAACGCUACUUCGCCAACUUUGACUUUGCCGGCCACGGUCCCGUGUUCUCGCAAUUGCGCCAGUUGCUGGUGUGCAACUUGCACUCGUACAAGGACCACCUGCUUUUAACUUACGAAGGCAUGAGCCGCAUCUUGCCGUUUGAACAACUCGAGCUGCUCGAGCUCAAGUUGUCGUGUACCCAUCACGACUGCGACUGCAUCCUCCAAUUCUUCAUCGACAUGCCCUACAUGCCCAACUUGAAGCACUUCAUGUUGAUCAACACCAACACCAAGCUGCUGCAGCUGAACAUGGCCCAGUACCAGCAGUUGCUCGAACUGCCGGAGUUCUUCCGCAAGAUCGACCACUGCGAGCUGCUCUACCUCAACAUCAACGAGUUGAACACGUUGACGUUAGGGGUGCGCUCCGAGUUCAAGUUCUCUAAGUUGUGCGAGCAAUUCAAGUCCUUUGAACAGCUCAAGCUGGUGACGCUCCCUGAUUUCUUUAAUCACUGGCUCGCCACGGUGCCUGACUUCUUUGACCAAACGAUGAACGUGUGCAAAUGCACUGAGUGCAUUGAGACCCGCGGCCAUUUCGCUAAGCGGGCGAAGAUGUUCUCCCCUCGUCUGGAAGCGCCCUUGGCUCCCGUGACCCCGGACCAAGAAGACACCAACCCCAGCAACACCUUGCUCACCAACGAGCUGCUGGUGAAGUACCUCAACUACAUCGCCUCGCAAGCCAAAAAGCAGCACCGCUACAUCAACGAGAACUUGAGCCUGAUCAACCUGAUCAUCACGCUGGCGGAGAAGCCCGUGAUGAAGGACCUGUCCCUCGAACGCUACAAGCGCUUGUUCAGCCACAAUUACGUCGGCUACUUGGCCCGCACCAUCAAGGGCGACCAGCCCGAGAUGAAGGUGAUCUUGGGCGGCAUGGAAUUUUAA